GCGGAAGGGAGUGGGGAGGGGCUGGGCCGGGCGCCAUGGCGCGGCGGGCAGCGCUGAGGCGGUGGUGAGCGGGCGGUGAAGGGGCCGGGCGGGAGCCCUGAGGCGGCGAUGAGGGGGCGGUGAAGAGGCAAGGUGGGAGCCUCGCGGCGGCAAUGAGCGGGCUGUGAAAGGGCCGGGCGGCGAUGAACGGGUCAGGGCAGCUGCCGGCCGGGCCCGCGGAGCAGCUGGGCGCGAACGGCAGCGGCCCCGCGGAGCUGCGGGAGGGCACCCACGCCGCCACGCUGGCUGCCUGCGCCUCCCUGCUUGCCCUCGUCUUCUGCCUCGGCUCCUACGGCAACCUCAUCAUGCUGCUCUCCUUCUUCGACCCGGCCCUCCGGAAAUUCCGCACCGACUUCGACUUCAUGAUCCUCAACCUCUCCUUCUGCGACCUCUUCAUCUGCGGCGUGGCCGCCCCCAUGUUCGCCUUCGUCCUGUUCUUCGGCCCGGCCCGCGGCGUGCCGGGCACCUUCUGCUUCACCUUCCACCUCACCAGCUCCGGCUUCAUCAUCAUGUCGCUCAAGACGGUGGCGGUGAUCGCGCUGCACCGGCUGCGCAUGGUGCUGGGCAAGCACCCGCACCGCGCCGCCUCCGCGCCCUGCUCGCUGCUGCUCACGCUACUGCUCUGGGCCGCCAGCUUCACCCUGGCCACGCUGGCCACGCUGCGCACCCACGGCUCCCGCCUCUGCCUGCCCAUGGCCAGCCUGUCCAGCGGACAGGGCAAGCUCAUCCUCUACCUCUACGUCACCGACUUCAUCUGCUGCGUGGCCGUCGUAUCCGUGUCCUACGCGAUGAUCGCCCAGGCCCUGCGCAGGAACGCGCGGGCGAGAAAGUGCCCUCCCGCUGUGGCUGUGGGCACCCCCAGGGCUCAGCCCUUCGCGGGGCCCGGGGCCAUGCCCGCUCUGUACAGGACCCAGAGCUGCACCAAGCCACCCCAUGCCCAUGCCAAGCUCGCCGGCCGGCUCCCGCUGGCCUUGGCCGUCAACCUGGCCACGGCCAAAGACUCCAAGGCGGUGGUGACGUGCGCGGUCAUUGUGCUCUCCGUCCUGGUGUGCUGCCUCCCCCUGGCCAUCUCCUUGGUGCAGGACAUGCUGUCAGGCAGUGGUGGCUUUGUGCUCUACCAGUUCGAGCUGUGUGGGUUUACCCUCAUUUUUUUCAAGUCGGGAUUAAAUCCCUUUAUAUAUUCCCGCAACAGCGCAGGGCUGCGGAGACGCAUGCUCUGGUGCCUGCAAUACGUGGCCCUCGUCUUUUUCUGCUGCAAGCACAAGACGAGGCUUCGAGCCAUGGGCAAAGGCAGCCUGGAGGUCAACAGGAACAAGUCGUCCCACCACGAGACCAACUCAGCCUACAUGUUGUCUCCGAAGCCUCAGAAGAAGGGUUUGGAGCAGGCAUACGGUGCCAGCCACUCCAAGGACAGCGUGCUGAGUCCCAAGGUGUCCGCGGGGCAGCAGCAGCACUACGGGCAGAGCAGCUCCACCCCGAUGAACACGCGUAUCGAGCCCUACUACAGCGUGUACAACAGCAGCCCCUCGGCGGAGGUGAGCACCCCGCACAGCCUGCAGCCCGCGGGCUCCGCCUUCGCCAAGCCCUGCGCCCCCGCGCUCCAUCGCUCCGGCAGCGCCGGGCGGGACUGCGGCGCUGCUCCCGCCAGGCACGUACCGCUGCCCUCCGCGUAGCCUUGGCGCCACCCAGCCGUUCCAGAGGGUCCCCCGCUCCGCUUUGGGGAGGAAUCGCUCCAAACUCCGUGCUGCUGCUGCCAAUGAAUAAAAACACCGUUCCCGUUUGCGUUUGAAGCAAAGGCGGAGAUGUUGGCUCCUUGACGCGCUCUGGAGUUCUCGUGGAGAGCCAGCAAGGGGGAUAUUUUAGAUUUGGAAUUGUUGCAGGAGGGUGGUUUUGUUACGAAGUUUUACUGCUGGGCAAGUAAAAAAAACCUAGAUGCCAUGAUUGUGUGGUUCAUUAUGUCAUAAGGCCAGGCUGGACAGGGUUCAAAGUAACCAGGGACAGGGGGAGGUGUCCUUGCCUGUGGCAGGGAAUGGAACUGGAUCAUCUUUAAGGUCCCUUCCAACCCAAACCAUCCUAUGAUAACACCAAGUAUUAUAAAUACCUCGUAUUUUCAGGAAGGAAUAAUUGGGAAGAUGCUUGGUAGUAUUUGAGUUUAAACUCUUCCUGUUGCAGAAGGUUGGAAGAAUAAAUGUUUUUCAGUAUUAACAAAAGUCCUUUAUCUUCACAGGGUGAAACCCUGCUUCUUUUGAGUCUCUUCUCUCAGAAGCCUGCUGAGCACAGAACCAGUAAAGCUCCAGUAAAGAACCAGUAAAGAGUUACUGCAAGGUUAACAAGCAAUAGUGGAACUGAGAGGGAAGCAGCAGAAUGUGGAGGUGGGAAGUGUGUGGGAAGAGAGGAAGUGAGAAGUGUGACCACUGAAUGCUUUAGAAAGAGGAAAGCAUCAAGGUUAUUAG